CGAAAGUAUAGUGGCUGAGAAGGGUCAAACAUCUGAUAGGAAUACGUUGUGCAAUUGGGGUUUCUGUUCUGCUUAGUGUAAGGGACACCUGUUCCGGUGCUCUUAUCAUCAUCUACAUUCCACAUUAAGGUUUUUUUUUCAGAUGAGAUCUUGCUGGAGAUUGGCUUUUAGCUUCAGUUCAUCUAGAUCAGGUAUAAGCUGGAACAAAAUAAUGUGUGGCACAUUAAAAAGACGGUUAUUGGUACUUUAUGGUACACAGCAAGGGCAGGCAAAAGCUAUUGCUGAGGAAAUAGGCCAGCAGGCAGAUCAACAUGGAUUUAUUGCUGAUAUUUACUCUUUAAAGGAUAUGAGUAAGUUUGAUUUAGAAACUGAAAGGGAUCCUGUUGUUUUUGUUGUAUCUACUACUGGAACUGGGGACCCUCCUGACAAUGCUUUAAAGUUUGUGAAAAAAAUCCAGAAUAAACAGCUGUUGGAAGAUCAUUUUGCAAGUCUGCAGUACGGAUUAUUAGCUCUUGGAGAUUCUGAAUACACAUACUUUUGCAACGGUGGAAAAAUAAUUGAUAAGAGACUUCAGGAAUUGGGUGCCAAGCAUUUUUAUGAGACUGGCUACGCAGAUGAUUGUGUAGGGUUAGAGCUCGUCGUCGAACCUUGGAUCGAUGGUCUUUGGAUCGUUCUGAAAAACAAAUUCAUGGACAGGACAGAAAAUCACAAAAUGAAUAACUGCAUCCAAAAUGGGACCAAAGUUUAUCAACGUCAACCUGAAGUGCCUGAAAAUCUAGACUUGCAGAUAAGGGCUAUCAACCUUGAACCAUCAUUAUCUCUAAAUGGUUCAUCUUUAUCUACAAAUGAGCAGUUAGAGCCUUCUCUUGUCUGCUCAGCAUCUCCCCUCUCUGAAAGCAGCCUUAAUGUGCCAGCCCUUCCACCUGAUUACUUAGAGGUGCAGAUUCUUGAUUGUGAUGUUCGGGAUGUUUGUCCUUCGUUACUUUAUCCUGGGGAAACGGUCUUCAGAGUUCCUAUAACGCAAGCAGUGCAGCUUACAGCAGCAGAUGCAGUGAAAACUACCCUGAUGCUAGAACUUGAUAUUUCUAACACUAAGAUUGAGUUGCAGCCUGGAGAUUCCUUUGCCAUCGUUUGCCCAAAUCCAUCUGUGGAAGUGAGGGAACUCCUUAUGAAACUUGACCUUGCAGACAAAAUAGAUUUUCAAGUUAGUCUAAAGGUGAAAUCGGGCACCAAAAAAAGAGGUGCUUCUUUACCAAGUUAUAUUCCUGAAAACAGUUCUCUGCGGUCCAUUUUCACAUGGUGCCUUGAAAUAAGAUCUGUGCCUAAAAAGGCAUUUAUAAGAGCUCUGGUGGAGUAUACCUCAGAUUCCAAAGAGAAACGCAGACUGCAAGAGCUGUGCAGCAAACAAGGCAAUUGUGACUACAACCAGUUCAUUAGAGAUCGUGCUAUCAGCAUUUUCGAUCUCCUUAACGCUUUUCCUAGUUGCAAGCCUCCUUUAAAUAUACUAAUAGAGCAUCUUCCUAAAUUACAAGCCAGACCUUAUUCAGCUGCCAGCUCUUAUUUAUUUCAUCCUGGGAAACUUAGAUUUGUGUUUAAUGUGGUUGAAUUUGCAAGCUUCACAGAACGACCCAUACCAAGAAAAGGAGUGUGCACGGGUUGGCUUGCUGAAUUGGUCGACAAGAUGACAUAUACAAAACAUGAACAGUUGCUAGCUGUGGAUGAUAAAAAUAAGGGAAAUCUGCUUCCAGAGAUCUAUAUCUUUUCUCGACUGUCCACUUCCUUUCACUUGCCAGCGGAUACAUCAGUGCCUGUUGUGAUGGUUGGACCAGGGACUGGAAUUGCUCCAUUUAUUGGCUUUCUUCAACACAGGGAGAAACUUCAAGAACAAAAUCCAGAGUUGAAAUUUGGAGAAACCUGGCUUUUCUUUGGUUGUCGUAAUAGAGACAAGGAUUAUAUAUUUAGACAAGAGCUAAGCUGUUUUUUAGAAAAUGGCACAUUAAGUCAUCUUAAGGUCUGCUUUUCUAGAGAUUCUUCCAACAGUCAUGACGUUUCACCAAAAUAUGUUCAAGACAAUCUCAGAGUAUUUUCUAGUGAGAUUACUAGAAUGCUAAUCAAGGAAAACGGACAUUUAUAUGUGUGCGGGGAUGCAAAAAACAUGAUGAAAGAGGUGAAUGAUACUCUGACCGACAUUUUUAGUGCUGAACUUAGUGUGGACAAACUGGAUGCAAUGAAAACUCUUGCUUCGUUACGGGAUAGAAAACAGUAUUUACAAGAUGUCUGGACCUGAACUUGGAUAAACUAAAUGAUAGCAUAUCAAAAGAAAGCCAAGGACAUUUUCAAAGUAUUCUAUUAUUUUGAUUGUAGUAUAUAAACAUGAGCUAAACUAAUUAAAGCCAACUGAGAUAGUCCACUUAUAUUAGUUUAUUUUUUGUAUUCCAAUUAGGUUUAUUACCUCCCCUACAAACAGGAUAUUAAUUAAAAAGGACAAUAUAGUACAGAAAUGACAUGUUCUAAUUUGCUAAAGAAUAUGCUUUUAGUAAGUCUGAUUGGCCCUGCAGCGUUGUUCACUCUGGGAAACCAGCGGUUCUCUGCAGGUUCUGUGCAGUACUUUUUUUGGGGGGGGGGGGGGCUUUAACUAUACUUUAAAGCCCCACAAAAAAAAAAAGUUGCUAGUGUUUAAUGUUACAUGCUGUAACAACUUAGAGCAUUUCAUUUUUGCACAUUAUUGUCCCUUGAAAUUAGAGAACAUUAUGUUAAAUGAUGUUUGGAUUAUAGAAGCACAAUUCAAUAACCUCGUGAAUGUUUGUGGUGACUAUAUUAGGCUUUUAAUAAAACAGAAAUUUGACUAUAAGAAAAAAAGAUGCUGUGAGAAACUGAAGCCUUGUGUAGUUUUACAUUAUAAAAAAACAAACAUAAAAUAUACAAAUAUUGAAAUCUGAGUUGUUUCCUUCUUAAUACAGGGAGAGUCCACAGCUGCAUUCCUUACUUGUGGGAAUACUGAACCUGGCCACCAGGAGGAGGCAUAGACACCCCAGCUAAAGGCUUAAAUACCUCCCCCACUUCCCUCAUCCACCAGUCAUUCUUUGCCUUUUGUCACAGGAGGAUGGCAGAGAAGUGUCGGAGUAGUCUCUUAUGGAGGGUAGUACUCUUCGCUAUGGGACUGGCGUUUUAAGUAGUCUUGUCAGCCUCUCAGUGAGAGCAUUGACGAAAGUUAGAGUCUGGAGAUGCAGGGAGAGUCUUUCUGCGAAACCAUCCAGACUCAUAUUAACAGUUCCUUAAGCAAUCAGCGUUGACAAGUUUCGCUGCCUGCUUUCUUCACUCAAGUCCAUGUCAGAAGCGCUGCUACAAUCUGUCAAACUUGAAAGACCGUGUUACUGUUCCACAGCAUAGAUUCCAGUAAGAUCGUUUCAUUUUUUACACAUAUUGCAAACGCUAGAAGACAGGGUCACAGUGUGGCACCUUUUAUCUAUAUGGAAUCAAUGUUUAAUAUCUCCUGAGGGGGGUUAUGAACAGUCGGGUUUAAUCAUAUAUGCUUUAUUUGAUUUCAUGAUGCUUUAUGUGUAAGACGUUUAUGGGCUCAUAGGCUGAGAUAGAACAUACCGGUUUCACUUUGAAGGUUGCGCAGUUUAAAAGCUUGGCACGCUUUUUCUCAUCGCAUGGACGGUCCUGCAUUGUGCACCAUGUGACCGGAAUGGUCGAGGCUUCCAUUUCCUUUUUCUUGACCGAGUUACUACCGGACAGGAGUUUUAUCUCUGUUCAUAGGAGGUGGUGAGUGCCCCAGCCAUUGGGGGUAUACAGGUGCAGUUUUUUAAUUUAAAAUAAAAAAAAAAAAUUCUGUAGUUCUCCGCAUAUCAUACUUUAGCUAUGGAGGAUUCUGAUUCAUUAGAGGGUUCUCCCUCUAUUUCAAAGAGUAAUGCCUCUUUAUAUUGUGAGGGAGCUCUGGAAUAUCCGCCUUCUCAAUUAUGUUUCAUAUGCCUUGAUAAGGGGAUUAUAUCAAAUAAGGUUGGCGUGUUUGAUACUACUGAGGAGUCCUCGUUCAGUGAGGUGCACACCCUUCAUGCAUCUUUUUAUACACAUGCAGCUUCCCUUUGCACUGCUAAUCCUCCAUCUGGAGGGGGCCUGUUUUCACCAGACGUUACUGCGCAGUUUCAUAUGGCGGUGUCUGCGGCCAUUAGUAUUUUCCCUCGCACUUCUAAGCGCAAGCGAAACGUUAAAUCUUGCACUCCUGCCCAGGUGGCAUCAUGUAAUUUGUCGGAUAUACAGUAUCUGAUCAGUUAUCCGAGUAUGAGUCUCUCUCUGCAUCUUCAGAGUAUGAACUUUCAGGGUUGGAGUCUGCUGCCUAUAAUCCUCUGCAUGUGGAGGAUCCAGUUUUUUUAUUUAGGACAGAACGUUUAUGCUUUCUACUAAAGGAUGUUUUGACUACAUUAGAGGUUCCAAAGGCCGAGCUAACAGACGAACCUCUGGGUCCUAAAUUUGCUGGCAAUCAUUAUUAAGGAUGAGUGGGACCGGAUUAGAUUCCCCUUUCCGUCGUCUGCCUUUUUAGGAUCCUGGUUCCGGGCUCUCUAUGAGGGUGGGUUUUUCUUUUUCCCAUCCCUACUUGGUUUGCGCUAUUUUACGCUUGCCACACGUAAUACUACGUGUGAGGAUAAUUCGCCGUUCAUAGUGCCGCCGGAUAUAAGGAUGGAAACUCUGUUAAAGAGGGUGUUUUAACUUCUGGGAUAUUUGCUUUUACUGGCGGCGCUUGUCGCCGCAGUUGCUGGAGCGGCUACCUUCUGUUGCGUCUCCUUCGGGAAAAUGAUCGAGGUGGAGGGUUCCCUAGACAUUUUUUAGAAGAGAAUUACGGCCUUCUGGUUUACUAUUUUUUUUAUCUGUGCUGUUAUUACGCAGAUUAAUUAGCCUAUGGCUAAGACAUCAGGUUUUCUGUUCAGGCCCAUAAGGCGCUCUGACAGAUAACUUCUAAGUCUCUUUCCCUCUCUUUUAAGGGAAAGAGUUUGUUUGACUAUCUCCACAAUUUCAGGGGCCAAGAGUGCAUUCAUACCGUAAGAUAAGGAGAACAAAUUUUCGUUCCUUUAGUUUUGAUAAAAAACCCAGCAUCAGAGGCCUCCGCUAAGCCAGAGCAAACCAAGAGUUCUUGGAAGCCGGCUCAGUCUUGGAAAAGAUCCAGGCAGAGCCAGAAGCCCGCCGAGACUAAGUCCGCAUGAAGGGGCCGGCCCCGGUCCUAUUUUGGAUCGUGUAGGGGGCAGACUGUCGUUCUUUCAGAGGCUUGGUUCAGGGACGUGCAGGAUCCUUGGGUCCUGUAGAUCAUAGCACAGGGUUACAAGAUAGGUUUCAAAUCUCAUCCACCCAGGGGCAGAUUCAUCCUUGCAACCUGUCUCAAGACUAGGAAAGAGGGAAGCCUUUCUGGAGUGCGUAAGGGAUCUGUCCUCCUUUGGAGUCAUUGUCCCAGUGCCUAUUGCAGAGAGAGGUUUGGGAUACUAUUCUAAAUUUUUUGUGGUCCCAAAGGAGGGAUUUUUCUAUCCAGUUCUAAACCUAAAGUGCUUAAACAAAUUUCUAAAUGUCCCCUCGUCAAGAUGGUGACAAUAAGGUCCAUCCUUCCCUUAAUUCAGAACAGUUUAUGACCACUAGAUAUCUGAAGGAGGCAUUCCUUCACCUUCCAAUCCACGGGGAACACUUCCAGUUCCUCAGGUUUGCGUUCCUGGACCAGCACUUCCAGUUCAUUGCACUUCCGUUUUGUCCAGCUACUGCUGGAUUUGUACGAAGGUUCUGAGGGCUCUUCUAGCAGUCACCAGAAACUGGGGUGUAGCAGUUGCUCACUACUUGGAUGAUAUUCUGGUACAAGCACCAUCGUUUCGCCUGGCGGAAGACCAUUCCGAAUCUCUACUCUGUCUUUUAUGAUCCCACAGAGGGAAGAUAAAUAGAGAAAGAAGUGCUCUUAUUCCAAGCCCCAGGGUUGGCACGAUAAUAGAUUCCAUAGUCAUGGGAAUAUUUCUAACAGACCAGAGAAGUUGCAAGCUAGCUUUUACAUGUCUUGCCCUCCAGAUCUCCUUAAGGCUAUCUGUGGCUCAGUGUAUGGAAGUGAUUGGUCUCAUGGUGUCCAGCAUGGACAUCGUUCUCCUUGCUAGGUUCCACCUCAGGCCAUUGCGACUGUGCAUGCUGAGGCAGUGGAACGGCGAUCAUUUUGGAUCUGUCUCAACAGAUUUCUUUGGAAAACUGGUCGAGAGAAUCACUCUCUUGGUGGCUCGGUCCGGACCGAGGGACAUCCUUUUUAAGACCAUCCUGGAUGACUGUGACUACGGACGCAAGUCUGUCAGGAUGGGAAGCUGUUUGGGGUGCCAAGAAGGUGCAGGGCCUGUGGACGCAGGAGGAGAGCUCCCUCCCGUUGAAUAUUGCCCGAAUAUCUAGAAUGUUUAAUGCUCUGGAGGCUUGGCACCUACUGGGCUCGUUCUAAUUUAUCGGAUUCCAAUCAGACAAUAUAACCUUGAUGGCUUACAUCAACCAUUAGGGGGAAACGAGAAGCUCCCUAGCAAUGAGGGAAGUAUCUCCGAUUCUGUAGUGGGCGGAGACCCAAAACUGUUUGCUGUCAGCGAUCCACAUUCUGUCAGGUGGGGAACGCCGGAGAUAAAUCUCAUGGCGUCCCGUCUUAAUACCAAGCUACCCAGAUAUGGGUUGAGGUCCAGGGAUCCUCAGGCAGAACCUUGGAGGUUCAAUCUAAUUUCUCUUUUCCUGCCAUUACCACUCCUUUCUUGAGUGGUGGCUCGAAUCAUACAGGAGCAGGCGUCAGUGAUACUGAUUGCUCCAUCGUGGCCGCGAAGGAUAUGGUUUGCGGAUCUAGUGGGGAUGUCAUCAUCUCCUCCUUGGAGGUUACCUUGUUGCAGGGAUCUACUGGAACAAGGCCCCUUCAUCAAAUUCUAGAUUCUCUGAGGCUGACUGCGUGGAGAUUGUAUGCUUAGUCUUAGCCAAGAGAGGGUUUUCUGAGAGUGUUAUUGAUACUCUCAUUCAAGCUCGUAAGCUGGUUUCUCGUCGGAGGACCUACUUAUUCUGGUGUGAAGAGCGUGGUUAGUCCUGGCACAAAGUAAAGGUUGCCAGGAUUCUUUCUUUUCUCCAGGAUGGACUGGAGAAGGGCAUCUCAGCUUGUUCCUUGAAGGGACAGAUUUCGGCCCUGUCUGUUUUUUCUGCACAAGAGGCUCGCUGAGCUUCCGGAUGUACAGUCUUUGUUAAGCUUCUGACUAGGAUCAGACCGGUGUUUAGAUCUAAUGCUCCUCCUUGGAGUUUAAAUCUUGUUCUUAAACUUUUACAAUGGGCUCCGUUUGAGCCUAUGCAUGAGGUUGACAUUAAGUUACUUGUCUUGGAAGGUUCUUUUUCUUCUAGCUAUUGCUUCUGCACGCAGAGUCUCUGAGAUAUGUGAGGCGGCUGCCUGGUCCUCCUUACAUACUUUUUCCAAAUUUUACAAGUUUGAUGUUUUUGCUUCUGCCGAAGCAGGCUGUGGUGCCCUCAGAUUAGGGGCCGCCUCUCUUUUUUACCCUCCCGUUAGCAUUCAGUGUCUCCUGGAGCUUGGGUAUAAUUUCCCACAAGUAAGCAAUGCAGCUGUGGACUCUCCCUGUAUUAAGAAGGAAAACAUAAAUUAUGCUUACCAGAUAAUUUCCUUUCCUUCUAUACAGGGAGAGUCCACAGCUCCCGCCCGUGUUCUCCGAUGGACGGCCCUAAAUUUUAAUUUAUUCUUCUGGCACCUUUUUCACCCUGAUAUUUCUCCUACUGUUCCUUGUUCCCUUGGCAGAAUGAGUGGGGGAUGAGGGAAGUAGGGGAGGUAUUUAAGCCUUUGGCUGGGGUGUCUGUCUCCUCCUGGUGGCCAGGUUUAGUUUUCCCACAAGUAAGGAAUGCAGCUGUUGACUCUCCCUGUACAGAAGAAAAGGAAAUUAUCUGGUAAGCAUAAUUUAUGUUUUUAUCUGUGCACAAAAAAUAAAUUGUUUGUACUAAAAUGAGCAUCAUAAUAGAUGUUAAUGUCUCCUUAGGUCAGUUUCCAACAACCAAGUAUUCAAUAGAUAUCAAAGGUACAGUUUAUUUAUCAUGCACAAUUUUUUCCUUAUCCUUCAUAAUGCUGCUGCAAGUCAAGUACAACAUUUUUAUGUCUUUGUUUAGUUAGAAAACCAAAACUGUUAUUUAUUUUUUCCAGUGAUGAUAUUGUUUUUUUCAGUAAUGGAGUCAUGAAUCUGGUUAAGAGUUAAGAUUUUUGCUAUUUUAUUCCUAAUUUUUAUAUCAGAUUUGGGAACAUAUGGAGCUUUUACUAUCACUUAGUAAUAACUUUAUAAUCUAAAUCUCCUCAGUAAAAAUUAUAGAUUAGUAUAAAAUAUCUGAAAAAGUGACAUAAAAAGGUUUGGGGGGGGGGCUAUUUCUUAUGUGCAAGUUAUAUGUAGUAUUUAAAAACUGUAUUUUUGUAUAUGUACUCCUAAAAUCUGAUUUUUCAGAUAAAGUGCAAUCCUUACUUAUAGUUUAAAAGGACAACAAUAAUAAAUAGUCUUAAAAUAUAUUUUAAUUUAAUUUUAAAAUGCAUUACUGCAGUUUGUAUCAUCCUUCUUACAGUUAACAGUACGCUAACUCCAUAUGGUACCAGCUGUCUUUAUAUUUUAGUUGUCUCUAAAUGUUGGCUAAUGUUUUCCUGUAAAUGAUGAUAUUUGUUUAAUGUAUAAUAAAAGAAGAAAAGAUUCUCUCAAUAAGGUGAUCUUCAAUCAUAUUAAUAUUAAAGUGUUUUAAUAGUUGUAAAAAUAUACAGUAUAUGGUUUGUUGCUUGAACAUUUUUUCUGUGUGAUAAGCUCUUUAACUUAUCUAAACAGGAUAAUUGUUUUUUAUCCUAUAAACAAUUACUUUUCCUACAUUCA